UCUUGCUGCUACUAUUGCUAUUGUUUCUGUUGCUGUUGUUGUUACAAUUGCUAUUUGCCAUUUUACAUCCAUUUAUGUAUUCAAGACAAUACACUGUGAUAUCCUUAACUCUGCAUAUGCAAAUACCUUAUCUGUUCUAUCGCCCGUCAAUCUUUUAUCUUUGAACCAAAUACUCUGCUCAAGUGGCAUGUUUAGGAGCUCAAGGAAUACUCGAGGAUAGAAUCUUGGCGAUAAUUGUCAAUACCCAAGCAGGCGUUGAGGAAGCAUGGUAUAUUAUGGAAGAAACAUUUGUAUAUAUAAAGCGGCAUUUCUACUUCACAUAACUAUUGGAAGGCUAUUUUUUUUACUCAACUAUCACACUAAAAGAGUCUAUUGCAUUUUGGAUCUUGCUUUUAUUACCAGCGUCUUUAUCGUGAAGAGGACGGGUCAGAUGGCAGGCGCAAUCAAGACAGUGUUGCCAGUAUAUUUUGAUUUUCGGAUCUCUGUUGCUCAAACGAAGGCCGUUGAAAAAGACGAUAAGCAAUCGAUCCAAGAGUCGAAAAAUGAUUUUACCCUCAAAUUAUACUGCGACCAGACAGAAAUCAGUGUACAAACGGAUGAUCUAGAGACUCUUCAAGGAUUGCUAAAGGAAUUGAGGAGAAGCCAUCUGAUCGCUCGACGACAACUUUUAUGCAGGCGGCAGUAGUCAUCGUUGGAUCCAGUAUUACACCAUUGAAGAGCAUGAAAAGGCUUCAGGUAAAUGACACACGACGACACCAGAGAAUACGCAACCAUAUCCAAGCC